UACACAAUCUGAUCCAAGAUGGCAGCUGAAAUGCAGCAACAGCUCACAGAGCUCGUCAAUUACAUCAAAAUAGGUGUCGAAAGGCAGGAUACAACUGUUAUAGGGAUAUUAGUAGCUGCAUUUGUCGUGUUUUUAACUAUAGUGAUUCUCCUAUUUGUGUCGCGGAAAGGUAACACUCGCCGUGCUGUCCUGUUGCUGGGAAACUGCGAUGCUGGGAAAACAUUGCUAUUUUCUAGGCUGGUGAAGGCAAUUACCGAUGAUGUGAUGACUGUUACCUCAAUGAAUACUAACAUUGGAAACUAUAAAGUUAAAAGCAAGAAUAAAAGCCUGCGUGUUGUGGAUAUUCCCGGUCAUGAGAGGGUCAGAAUGCAGCAUCUGGAGCAACACAAGAACAUGGCAAGGGGAGUGGUGUUUGUGGUGGACAGUGGGACUUUGAUGAAAGAGGUGAAAGAAGUAGCAGAGUACUUAUACACAGCACUCAGUGACAGUGUGAUAUCAAACAACGCUCCACCAAUACUGGUAGCUUGUACCAAAUCAGAUCUCACCGUCAAGAAAGGCAAGGAUGUUAUCAAGAAAAAUCUAGCAGCUGAAAUGAACAUCAUGCGAGUGACCCGGUCUGCUGCACUGCAGCAACUGGAGGGAACUGGAAACAACAAUACAUUUCUUGGAAAACGGAACAAAGACUUUGCUUUUGAAGACCUAAAACCUCUCAAGGUUGACUUUGUGGAAUGUAGCUCACUUACUGGCAAAAUGGAUUUGGCUGAAGUCGAGAGUUGGCUUGAAAAGUUGGCAUAAAGUUGGCGAAAUCAUUAUUGCAUUUACAAUUAACUGGAAUGUCUGAUUUGGGAAAUAGAAGUUUAAUUGAAGAAUGACUGCUGUAUGAAUUGUUUAAAUAAAGUUGUUUUGUAUAGAA